UCCAACAAUUUCCAAGAGGAUAUCACAAAAUUUGACAGCAUCGAGAGCCAGGGUAACAGGUGAUCACCUAUCAGAAUGGUACAAACGUGUGUAUAAGGAGUUGGAAGAUAGUGGCCAUGCUGAUAUAUUGAAUGAUGCAUCGCGCAUUUUUAAUUGCGAUGAGACAGCAUUUUUUUUAGCACCAAAAGGACCUAAAGUGCUUGCUAGGAAAGGUGAAAAAAAUGUUUACCAGCAGGUAAAUGCUGAUGACAAGGAAUGUUUAACUGUGUUGGUAACCGGAAAUGCAAACGGUACCCUAGCCCCUACCACGAUAUUGUUCAGCUAUAAGCGGAUACCUCAAGAAAUUGCAGAUAACUUUCCUUCAGACUGGGGCAUAGGAAAAACCGACUCAGGAUGGAUGACGUGUGAAGCAUUCUUUGAAUUUGUGGCUGAUAUAUUUUAUCCUUGGCUGAUUAAAAAUGAAAUAACUUUACCGGUUAUUCUCUUUGUUGAUGGACACAUAUCUCAUUUAUCACUUCAAACUAGCCAGUUUUGUGAAGAAAAAGGAAUCGUGUUAGUAGCACUCUACCCUAAUGCAACCCAUUUAAUUCAGCCAAUGGAUGUGGCAGUAUUUAAGCCACUAAAAGAAGCCUGGAGGAGGCAUGUACAAAAUUGGAGAAUUGAUAAAAUAAAAAAUUACGAGCCUCAUAUGCUUAAGAAAAAAGAUUUUGCCAAGUUAUUACACGAGGUAAUGGGCAAUACCAUAAGUAAAUCAAUUUUGGCAAAUGGAUUUAAGAAAUGUGGCUUAUUUCCGUGGAACCCAUUGGAGGUAAAAGUCCCACUUGAGAAUGUUAGCGAAAACCAGGACAUAAGCGAACAAAUUCAUUAUCUGAAAGGGGGCUUAAAUUUCUUAAGCGAAUCUAUCAGUCCCGAAAAAUUUGUGGCAUUUGAUGCAACUCUGGAUGAAUGGUCAGGUGAUUUGGCUGAUUUAUCGCUGUUCAAUUUAUGGAAAAAAACAAAAGAUGAACUGAAAAGACUACAACAAUUAAACCAAAUUAUUGAUUCUACAUUAGCAGGGGCUGAAUCGUUAGGUGUUUCUGUAGAAUAGGCCCAAUUAUGUGAUCUGAAUUUUGAAGGAUUUGACACAUCAGGCAUCACCAUCGAUGCGUCAGCAUCUAACAAUAAUAAUGGUGUUUUGGAAACCACAAUGGAAACAACAGCAACUGCGUUACCUAAUACUGUUGAUGACAACAUGUUAGUCACAAUCCCAGGAUCACCAACAAUUAGCGUUGUUGAAGGUGCACUUAAAACCACUAUAGAUCAAUCGGACAUCAUUGCUCCUACUGACAUGCAUGAAAUCAUGCCAAAACCAUCAACUAGCGCUGUUACUGAUGAAUUGAAUUCCGGUAUCAAUAGUGUUAUUAGCACUAUUUCUGUCGCUGUACCGGAUAAUGUUCCCAGUCCCUUUAAAAACAUUUCUUUUACAAGCCUCAUAUUAAAAAGGAAACGCCUAAAUCACGUCCCAAGGAAAGAUUACCCACAAUUGUUUCAGGAAAAAGUUAUCAGGAAUAUCUACAGAAGAAAUUAAAGCAAAAAGAAGAUCUUGAACGAAUAAAAGUAGAAAAGGCUGCUGAAAAGCUUAGAAAGAAAGAAAAAAAGAGUCAUUAAAGAGAAUCAAGACUCUCACAAAAUUAGAAUCAACCAAAAUAAAGCGAGUAAAAAAAAACCUGCGAUUCUCUUCCUCCAGUUCAGACUCGGAUGCUGUGGUCUCUUCAGGAGAAAGUGUGAUUGAGUCUGAAAAUGAGAUUGAAAGAGAAUCACCAAUUGUGGGUUUAAAACCCCCGCAAAAAGUAGAUGGAGAAUUUGUCAUAUUUAAGUACGACAGUAACUUUUAUCCUGGAAAAGUACUUAAAGCUACGAAAAAAACAGCAACAAUCUCAUCUAUGAAAUCAAAUGGUCGUUUGUGGAAAUGGCCCGAACAUAAAGAUGUGCUCGACUAUCCCUGGGAUGCAGUAGUUGCUCAUAUAGAGGCUCCCAAGAAGACCAGUUCUACGAGAAAUGUAUUUGAUGUUCCAGAGAUACAUUCCUUGAUAUGAUAUUAUAAAUUUGGCAAAAAGUUUGACGUUUACGCUUUGUGUUUGACAGUGUCCUUUUGUUUUAUAACCAUCUGUUGGAGCUUUAAGAACCUUGUUUUUAUUUAAAUUAUAGGCUUAAAAAGGCCUAAUUAUUAAUAUUAUAUUUCAAAUAAAACGUUUUCUUUUCAUCUUAUUUUGCUUUUUAUUUAACA